AUGAGGCAGACCAUCCUGGUGGGUGACAGCGGUGUGGGGAAGACAUCUCUGCUGGUUCAGUUCGACCAGGGCAAGUUCAUCCCUGGCUCCUUCUCGGCCACCGUGGGCAUCGGAUUCACACACCUAAGUCAAGAGGUACUGAUGCCCUUCUCCCCCGACACAGCCUUCGGUCAGUCCCGCUGUAAUGCAGCUACCCAGUUCCAUGGUAAGCUGUGGGUGCUUGUGCAGAAUGUUGGCACAGGACCCGGGCAGCCUGCGACCUUUGGGGACCGGUCCUCGGGCUGGAUUCGUUCCACGUCUUCGGAGCACGAAGCCGGCCCAAUUUGCUCGGGGCACGCCUGCCCCUCUGGCGCUGACCUGUGGUUGUUGCCGCCCUCGCGAGACAGCCUGCACCAGGCAGGGGACGUGACGGGCAUGUCUGGCGCCGCUGCCACCCGGGAUGGAGAGGCGCCCGAGCACUCCCCGCCCUGCAGUCCGAGCUACGAUGUCACGGGCAAGGUGGGUGGGCACUGUGCCCAGUACUGGGGACUCCCCAACCGGAGGAGCCUACAGCCACCUCACCCUGAAGUCUAUGCCGACGGUGGCUAUGAAGGUCCCGGACAGGAAGGCCCCGUCUUUGAAUUGGAUCAGGAAACAGGUUUUGCCAACGCAGAUGUGAGCAGUGAACGGGUGAUCCGUUCGGAGGACGGAGAGACACUGGCCAGGGAGUACGGCGUUCCCUUCAUGGAGACCAGCGCCAAGACGGGCAUGAAUGUGGAGUUAGCCUUUCUGGCCAUUGCCAAGGAGCUGAAAUACAGAGCCCUGUGGCAGCCCGAUGGGCCCAGCUUCCAGAUCCGAGACUUUGUGGAGUCCCAGAAGAAACGGCCCAGCUGCUGCUCCGUCUUGUGAAUACCAAGGGGCUGCAAGGGGGCUCCAGAGGCCCCCGCGGAUGCAGCCUUCUCCCCCCAGAUCUGGUUUAUUCUGCGAGGCUGGGAGUUGGGGGACCCAGUGGACAGCCCCUUCCCAAGCGGGAGCUGUACUCCCACCCCGACCCUAGUUGCAUAGUUUCCCUGCAUCCUGGGGGAGGGUAAAAUAUUUAUCUCAUCCUAAUGACACAUAAUGUAAUACAAAAAGGGAGGGAGGGGGGAGGCGGGGCACCAGAAAAACAAGGCAGGGAGCUGGUGGACCUUUUGCCUUCUGCUACUUGGACUUGGGGGGCUGAGGCUCCCUCCGAACCUUGACAAGGGUGGUGUUGCUUCAGUUCAGCACCAGAGGGCAGUGACGCACUUCUGCAGCGUGAGGGCCAGACGUGACCCCGUGGCCACCUUCACCUCAACUGGAGAGGCUAAGCAGACCCCCAACUUUCAUUUCCUCCAGCUCCCAGGGAACAGUCUUCCCCAGUAAGACGGUCCCUGGUGCCGGGAGCUAGACCAAGGCUAGGGAAUAUAAGAGAUGUGGAGAUCGGGCAGUGACGGAGCUCUGUGGGUGCAGGGGGGAGGAGUGACCCAGACUAAGUCUAUCUGUUUGGCUGCCUCUGGCUUUCCUAGCCCCCCUCUGGGACAUGUGCCCCUUUUCCUCCAGCUCACAAGCCGAAAACAUCUGGUUCCUGUUCUCUGGACCUUGGGUCCCAGGGGAACCCCACCUCCCGGAACCCCUGGUCUUCUCUACCUUUUUGCUUGUGCCCCUAGACACCUGAGGUCACAGCCAGGGAGAGGUUUUUCUCCUAUCUCAAACCUUUGGCAGGUAUGCACCCCCACAGCCUACUUCUAGCAGCCACAGUGCUUCUACUGGAUUAAGAGUCAGUUAAGGAGAAACCUCUGACUUCUGGAGCAGAUGGGAGGCAGAACUGAGCAAACCUCACCUCACCACACAUAUGCCCCCAAACCCAAGCGCUGUCUCCUCCUUGACCACUCAUGCCUUUUUGCUUCCAGACAGACACCAAGGCCAAAACUCUCCAUCUCUCCUCCCACUGAGCCAAGUUAGGGAGUGAGAAGUCACCCAUUACUGGGUAAACCAACACAGUGUGCAAAACAAGGUCAUUUGAGUAAGACUGGGGUGAGGUGAGAGUCAGCAGAGUUUAUGUAGGGCCAAAGUCACUGGUCUCCCAGGUCCCUGACUACAGCAAACGGAGGUGGACAGGAGAUAUGUGGGUCAUGACCUGGAGGCACCUUUACUCUAGCUCUCCAGGCCAAGGGCAAGGGAGAGGAUAGAGGAAGAAGUACACACUUCACAUUUCUGAGGCUAUUGCAUUUGCUUUCAAGGCAGAAAUCUUGCUCUCUGAGCAGAGUCAGCAGCUCCAACUUGGGCCUGAUAAGGAAACUCUCCUAGGCUUCUCCCAGGCGAAGCAGGGAGGAGCCUGACCUUGCUGGGCUCUUCUGGGGCCCAAGGCAGGUCACAGGAGACCGAAUCACAUGGGCCGCAUUUGUGUUUUCAGAAUUAAAUUGCAGAAUUUGGAAAGUA